UGGUCCACGUGGUGGCAGCUGGUGCUCUGAUCCGAAGCAGGUCCCUGCUGUUCCCGCUGCCGCGGGUCUGUACCGAGCGCCAUGGCCCAGCCGCCGCCCGAUGUCGGCGAGGAUGACUGCCUGCCGGAGUACCGCCACCUCUUUUGCCCCGACCUGCUCCGGGACAAAGUCGCCUUCAUCACAGGCGGUGGCUCUGGGAUCGGAUUCCGGAUUGCUGAGAUUUUUAUGAGGCACGGCUGCCACACGGUCAUUGCCAGCAGAAGUUUUCCGAGAGUAUCAAUGGCUGCCAGAAAGCUGGCUGCAGCCACUGGCCAGCGAUGCCUCCCUUUAUCCAUGGAUGUCAGAGAUCCCCCAGCCAUCAUGGCUGCCGUGGACCAGGCACUGAAGGAGUUUGGAAAAAUCGACAUUCUCAUAAACUGUGCAGCCGGAAACUUCCUGUGCCCAGCCAGCUCGUUGUCCUUCAAUGCCUUCAAGGCUGUGAUGGACAUCGAUACCUUGGGCACAUUCAAUGUGUCUCACGUGCUCUACAAGAAGUUCUUCCGGGACCAUGGAGGAGUAAUCGUGAACAUCACCGCAACCCUGGGUACCCGGGGGCAGGUGCUCCAAGUGCACGCAGGCUCUGCCAAGGCGGCCGUGGAUGCAAUGACGCGACACUUGGCUGUGGAGUGGGGUCCCCAGAACAUCCGAGUCAACAGCCUUGCCCCCGGCCCUAUCAGUGGCACGGAGGGGCUCCGGCGGCUAGGUGGUCCCCACACCAGCAAGGUCCUGCCCAGCCCCCUACAGAGGCUGGGGAACAAGACGGAGAUCGCCCACAGUGUACUCUACCUGGCCAGCCCGUUGGCAUCCUACGUGACAGGGGCCUUGCUGGUGGUCGACGGCGGGGCAUGGCUGACGUUCCCUAAUGACAUGAAGUUGCUGGCGGAUUUUGCAUCCUCUGCUAAACUCUAGGAGCUGGACAGCUGAAGCGAAGAAGGCAUUCUGAAGGCGAGGCUGGUCCACAACCCACUCUUGGAUUUCUGGGACCUGCCUCUCACCCAGCUGAGAACUCCAAACCAAUCACCCUAGCAGAGCAGCUGAAGCAGAGAUUAACCCCUCCUCAGAGAGCCAUUCUGUGUUCCCAUUCCCUUCCCGUGGUCCAUCUCCUGUGCAUGGCAGGCGUGACCAGGCAGUGAGGCCAGCCUGCUGACCUGCCCACACCACAGAUAUCUGCCAGGAGGUGAUUGGCAUUUCAGCUCCCUCAAGAGUGGAGAUGCAGACCAGUUGCUGGGGUAUACCCCUCACCCCUGACCUUGGGUUUAGGGGCUAUCCUGCCCUGCCUAGUCUCAGCCUGGGCUGGCCUCCUGCCUGUUUCCUGUCCCAUCUGAAGGGGUGUGUAUGUGAAGGCAUAGCCCAGGAGUUCACAGUUCAGUCACACUGUGAAGCCGAGUUUGGAGCAGGCUUCUGUGAUGACUCCCCACCAUCCUUCCUGGAGACAGUUGGAUGCCUCAAGGUUUGAGCCCCUCAAUACUAUAGGUCAGUCCUCUGGUUAGGCACACACAGUUCCAUCCUUCAUUGUUGGUAUCACCCAUUUGUAUAAGCACAGAUCCUAGAACUUUGCCAGAAAAUAAAUUUCCUUAAAGAAUAAUAUUUUUUAUUGUAAAACAUCUAUUCAUUGGACUUUGUAAAAUUUUUUACAAGGAAAAGGAAGAUACUUGAAAAGAAUCACUGUGAUCCGGUCAUUUAGAGGUAGGGAUAUGUUUCCUUCCUAUCUUUUUCCUGUGAAGAGUUUAGAAAAUGCUUCCUAUCUAAUGCCCGAAGACCCUGCAAGGUCCCCAUUUGCUCUUGGUCUGUUCCUACUGCCAUUAGGGGGCUGAGUGUGAGCUCUCUGCCCCAGAGGACCAUGCUUACUUGUCCCUUGUUCAAGUCCCUUCAUUCUAUGAAAGAGACCACCUCGCCUCAACAUGUGCAAGGGAGUGGCAGGAAAACCCCAUGAUCAUCCCAGCUGGGAGACCACCUGGCAGAGGGAGCACCUUUUGCUAU